AUGGCUGGAAAACGUAAAAAACCUCCUAGGAAGAGGAGUGCGUCGACUUCCACUGAAAUAUCUCGUCGGUACCCCAACAAACGCGAACGCCUCCUUCGUCGCUUUUAUGAACCCCUCGUUCUUUUGCAUACCCUAGGUUCUACUAGAGGUGGCCACACAAAUCGCUUGCCGGUAUCGCCUUCAGACAGUUCCCUUGUCCAAGACUGCAGACGAAGUUUCUUGAACGAACUGGCAUAUGUCUGCGACUAUGAGAAGGGCGGUGACACGGUCACUGCUAUCGGCUUGGAGUCAACUCCGCAGGGCUGCACCUUCUGGGUUGCCUCAAAUACCUCACCCACUGCAAAGAUCAUCCCUUUUCUUAAGCUUCUCUUGCAAACACUGGAACGAAUUGCAAACUCCAAAGCUCCAGAACAAGGGGAUAAGGAAGACAUCGCUAAAUUAUGCAUUUCUUUUGGUUCCAGGAGGAUUAAGAAGUACCGAUCACUCUUCUCUCGGGAGUUGGCGGGAUGCAGGAAGUUUAUAGCAGCAAACAAGGAAGCCUUGGGUGGCCUCGAGUUGUGGCUACAACGAUUUUGCAACUCUGACCCAAACGACCUAGUUUACCUAUGCAACCUCGCCUUUGAGAAUCGAAAGUCACCAGAUAUGCGACACCUGAAAGAGUUGUGUGACGAACCCCCUUACAAAGCCAGCAAGGAUGCGAUCCAUAACAAAUUCGGCCGACUCCGUCACUACAUCGGACGCCUUGCCCAUCACAUUCGAGCAGCUAACUCUCUCGUAUCAAACGCAUCUAAGCUCAGACAUUUGCUUAACGGAUUCAGCAUUCGUGCCAUAACUACUCCAGCAAGGGCAGAGUGGCUCCCACCAAUCGAUGAAGCAGCCGUCCGCGGAAAGACCCUACUAGACAAAGUGCUUGUUCACCCAACCGUUCGCCCACGAGUUCACGCAGAGGUACAAGUGCUGGAGCAUUUCCACGAAAAAGCACUUGAAUUCGAAGACUCAGAUCGAUAUAUUGCAUGUAGCAAACCAUCUUGUUACUGCUGCAAGCUAUACUUCCGGUACCAUCCGGGUAACUUCGAAGAGCCUACGUCCCAUUGCAAGAUCUACCUGAACUGGCGUCCUCCUGAUGUUAGCUUGAAGAGCGGCGCUGGUGCUGCAAAUGGCGAAGAAGAAAGCAUUGAAGAUAACGCCUCCAGCGCAAGCGUUACAUCGCUCGUUACAACACAGAAAAUACCGGAAUCGCUGAUAGAAGAUGAUUGUGCGUGGGACGGGGUAGAAGAAGGGUUAGGUAUUCGCCAAUUUCCGACUCCGAUAUAUACCGAUAAUAUCACUGGCACUAUCGAGAACACGCCUCAGUUAAUCAGGCGUGCCAGUUAUUCCACCACUAUUGGACACAGCAGUUUGGGUAGCAUAAGCUCACCAUUGGGCUCUUUUCUCGAGUCUUCUAACUCAAAUGAUGAAGAAGAUUUUGACGAUGAUGGGGGUGUCCGUCUAUAUGACUAA